AUGGACAGACAGGCGAGCGCUGUGUCCCAGUUUGCGUCAAUCAGUGCAUUCAUGGGGUAUGUGUUGAUCCGGAAACCUGUGUCUGUGAUCCCGGACAAAUGGGGGCAGAAUUGUGCCAAUGAUUGCCAGUGUCUGCACGACUCGCAGUGUACGGCCCAGACUGGCGACUGUCGGUGCUCUCCCGGAUGGGUGGGAGACCACUGCCAGACGCCCUGUAAAGUGGGCAGAUAUGGCUCAGGAUCGGUGAAUGCGAUUGUGAGCCUGGUUAUACUGGACGUUGCCGAGAGCGCGCCAAUUGAGAUGAAUAGUACAGAAAGGUUGAGCACCUGGAUGUUUAUUGGAUGCAUAGCAGCCAUUGUAGGGUUGUUACUACCGGUGCUGACCAUUGGGGCCGUAAUCUAUUUGAAACGGCAAAAGCGAUGGCUGCGAAAUGUGCGCAUAGAUAGGAUGACCACAUUCUCCUCCAAACCCAACGCUCCCGAUCGACAAGCUGUUAGUAACCGCAGCUAUGAUAUGACACAUGUCACGCCUGGAUGUGUAUAUAAUAAGGCGGUUAACCAUAAAUUUAAUAAAACAAAUGUUAAACUAUUGAACAACAAUCUCUUGAAUAUGAAUUUAAAUGUCAAUUCACUCGUCGACUCAAUGGACGGACAGUCAGUUAUGUCUGAUGAGAGUCUUUACGCCAGAAAUCAAUACCACUCUAUCGAUGAGCUCAAAGAGAUUGUGGCCCAAAGGGAUGACCCCUACGAUGAUGUCUCCAAUCCUAAGAAUAACAAAGAGGUAGAAAACAAUGAUUACGACAGACUGGACACAAACCGACCGAACAAUACUUUAAAUGCUAAUUACAAGAAAUUAAAUACCGAUGGUUUGGAUGUGAAUAAACUGCAAGAAUUGACUGGCAUUCAGACAUCAAAUGUCCAGAAGUAUAUCAACCACUUUGAAAAACAAUAAAUAUUUACUGC